UCCACCAUGACCAAGGGGGAGAAUUUGAAAAUCAGUUGUUCCAUCAGUUAAAGAAACUCAGUGGCAUGGCGGGGUCCAGGACAACACCCUAUCACCCGAUGGGAAACGGUCAAGCGGAACGCAUGAACAGAACAUUGUUGCAAAUGUUAAAGACACUAACUGAGACACAAAAGUCAAAUUGGAAGGAGUCUCUGAACAAACUGGUUUAUGCCUAUAACUGCACCCGUUGCGAAGUGACUGGCUAUUCACCAUUUUAUCUUCUGUUUGGGAGAUCACCCAGGCUUCCAGUUGAUAUGCUCUUUGGAUUGUGCACAGAGGCAGGUUCCAGUAACCAGCGAGAAUACGUGGAGAACUGGAAACGAGGGAUGGAAGAAGCAUACGCCAUUGCAAAUGAAAAUGCUCAGAAAGCCGCUGAAAGAAGUAAGAAGUACUAUGACACUAAAGUUAGGAGUUCAGUGCUACAGCCUGGCGAGCGAGUUCUGAUUAAAAACCUGACACCAAGAGGAGGACCAGGAAAACUCCGUAACUAUUGGGAAGAUACAAUUCACACAGUGGUGAGACAAAUGGGUUCAGACCUGCCGAUUUAUGAAUUGAGACCAGAAAAGGGUAGGGGACGCUCCAGGGUCCUGCACAGAAAUCUGCUCAUGUCCUGUGACCACUUACCUUUUGAGACACAACCAGAAAUGACCAAAGUGGACAAAAGUCAGAAAACGAGGAGACACCAGCCUGCAUCACAGACUCUAGAUUCUGAUGAAGACAGUGGGGAUGAAUAUGACCUUCAUCAUGAGCCGCUACAGGUUCCCACAUCUCCUACAGUACCUGAGGAGAGGAAUGCUGAACCAGCGAGAGAGUGGGAACACAGGCCCCCAACAGUGAAACGGACAGUUGCAGUGCCAGUCCCUGAUACGCUACCAGCACAGCCUCUUGUUGAAAAGCGGCUGGAGGAGACAACAACAGUUAAAGACCUGCCUGCUGAGGAGAGUAACUUGCCUGCUGAAAAUUUGCCUGAUGAUCGUCCACCAAGUGCCUUUCCUUCAUAUACUGAUGCUUCUGAACCUGAGGAACCAGCCUACCAGCUGCCACAAAGAGAGAGACACCCUCCAAGACGUAUCACCUAUGAUCAGCUUGGUAUCCCUUCCUGCUACAGUAUACAGCCACAGCCACAGUUGUUCCCUGUCUACUCUGCACCAGGACUGGUUCCAUGGCUGCCAUCACUACAGCAAUGUUACUUUCAGCCACCUUACAUGUAUGGGCUUCAGCAAACAUGAGGCUACAGAGUUGACAUGUUUGACCAUGGACUACUGUCAGAUUUCACAGACUGUCAAAAGAGACAAUUUACAGACUAUGCAUAUAGAUCAUUAAAAUUGAUGGACUGUUGAUCAAUAGUAUGAGAAAUAAUGCUUAUGUUAUAGCUGGUCAACAGAUAUGGACUGUGAAUAUAACUUGUUAGUUAUAUUUGAACUGUGACCCUUGACCUCUGCUCAAGUACUAUCUUACAGAAGAUACGAACUGUUGAAGAAGACAAUGUUGGUAAUGUUGGGACAACAUUUAUUUUGUCGGGAGAGUGUGACAGGUUAAAGGACAUAUUCAUAGCCUGUUAUACAUUGAAAAGUAUUAGUAAGUUCAUAGUAUGUGAGGAUCUUAAAACAUCUAAGGUUAAAAUAUGCAUUCAGUAUUAGUUGAUAGAGAUUGAUAACAUUCAUAUAAUUGUGUUAAAGUCCAAAUCUGUCAAAGGGUACGAAUUGUGAGAGUAAUGUGUAAACGUUAUAUUGAUUACUUUAUUUUGUGGUGCCUAAAAGUGUUAAUCUGUGAUCUACGAAAUGCUUUUAGUCUAUGAGCCGGAGAUCGAUUGCUCUGGUCUCCACCCAUAUUCCUGGGGAAAUUCGCGGUCUUUUUCUCAUUGAACUAAAUGUUGACUUGAGAAUACAACACCGUAUCACUCUCGUGAUUAUUUCUCCCCUGUUUUCAGGGGCGUAACACAAUAUGUUUUGUGGACUUCACCGGACAGAGGUUGCUCUCCGGUUUUGUGAUGAAACAAAGGCUGCCUGGAGUUGGGUGACCAAAUGUCCAGCCAGUUGGACAAACUUAACAGAGAAAGUGGAGUGGCGAAGGUCCAGAAAAAGGCGGCUAAGCCCUCUGCUGAUCAAAGUCAAGCAGCUGGAAUUGAAACUGACUGCUAUGAAGAGAACCUUGGAGAAUCAUGGUUCACAUCGAGCCGCCCCAUCUUGUUCCUGCCCACACUGCUCUCAGCACGUUCUCCAGACCAAGGGCAGCAGCUACUCUGGGAGAGUAGACUGGGAGAGUGCUGCAUAGGCCAUAGUCUUAGAAAAUGAAAUGGACUGCACUCCAAUGGAGACAUUUAAAUGAUUUAUUUAUUGACCCUGUUGUUUAGACUGUCGAUCACCUAUGUUGAUACUGAAUUUCAUUGGCAUGAGAAAACACUUGUUGUCUAAAUAUAUUUUCUUUCAAUAAUA